ACGAUCGUACGCGCAAAUAUUAUCGUAAGUUUGUCGUACGUCAAAUUUACGAUCGUAACCGCGUCUUACUAAGAUUCGUAAACUUACGAUUAUCUUAACUGGUGCGUUAAAGUUACGACAGGUGAAACGCUCUCGUAAAUUUCGUAAAUAUGGCGGCGUUGUUUGUUUUCGGCCAAAGAAGAAGAAAACAACGCACCUUUAAGGAUCGCAUUUCAUCCUUAGAUCAUCUGUCAGAUGUGGAGGUUGUGGACCGAUAUAGACUCUCACGAAUCGCCAUUAUUUAUUUGGAAGAUAACCUAAGAAAUGACCUUUCACCUCCUACAAACAGGUCACAAUCGGUAUCGUCUAUGACGAAGGUGCUGGUUGGGCUUAGAGUUCUGUCUAAAGGAAAUUUCUUAUCAGAGGUAGCCGACCUGCACGGCAUAUCGAAGCAAACAGCGUCAAGGGUGUUGCAUGAGUUUGUAGACGCUGUAAAUCGAAAUAUUGACAAUAUAAGAUUUCCAAGAACACAACAAGAAUUGGCAGAAGCAAAACUUGGCUUCUACAAAAGAUGCAAAAUUGCCAAUAUCGUAGGUGCAGUCGACGGAACACUCGUCCCUAUCAUUGCCCCGAAAGACAGUGGCGAAGCCUACAUAUGCCGGAAAGGAUUCCAUGCUAUAAAUGUGAUGGCUACAUGUAGCCACGACAGAAGGUUCAUCGACAUUGUCGCCAAGUGGCCAGGGUCGCAGCAUGAUUCUUCUGUCAUGAACACCUCGUCGUUGAAGGAACACAUGGAGAGUGAGAGGCCAGGGAUGCUGCUGGCUGAUAGCGGUUAUCCACUCACUACCAGCCUGCUAACUCCGCUUGCUAAUCCCGUAACGCCUGCUGAAGCAAGAUAUAACAACGCGCAGAGCAAGGGAAGGAUGGUUAUCGAGCAGAGUUUUGGAAUCCUGAAAGGAAGGUUUCGAUGUCUCCACAAAACCGGCGGUGUGUUGAGUUACAGUCCCGAAAAGUCGUGUGCAAUUUUUAUGGCAUGUGCCAGGUUGCACAAUAUGUGUUUGGAUUGGGGUCUGACACUGGACGAUGCCCAAGUAGUGGACCCAGGCCAAGAUGCUAUGGAGGCCUGGAUGGGACAACCAGGCUUGCAGGUGCAAGAACUGCGACGACGAGUUGUGAACACUUUUGUGUGAAAUUGAACGUAGUUUGUUUGUUCCAUUUCCUUUAAUUUAAAUAGUUUGUGAUCGCUUUGUGUUAAUACAUGAUGCAAAGUAUAAUGCAAAUGAAUGUGUGCACUUACUAAGUGAUGUAAAAGUAAACAACAAAUAUACAGUAUUGUGACCUUUACAUGGAAGUUAUUGGUUGCAAAUGGACUGAACAUGUUGCCCUGAUUAACAGAGUGAUCAUUUUGUACAAGUAUUACAAUUAACUGUUAUUCAAGUCAUAUAUGUAAUUUAUGCAAUUGAUAUGAAUUGUCAAAAUGGAACAAAUAACAAAGAAAUGCCAAAACAAAUCAUUCGUUUUCCAAAGUCCCUUUUUAAUGCUGGCAUAUCCGCAAUGUUAACACAUUUGUAAACAUUCAACAAGACGGUGUUUUAAAACAACGUAUUAAAGCCAUAUUUUUUAUUCCACCAUGCAAUUUUGCAAACCUAAUAUUUGAGCUAAUUUGCUUAUUAUUUAACAAAUAGGAUCAAUUUUCAUACUUAUAAGAGAUGUGUUCAUUCAAAUAACCUUAAAGCGUUUAAAUGUAUGAAAUUGGGAGAAUAUUUCUUCAUUUUCUUUAAGCUGCACUCUCACAGAUGUACCGUUUUGAUAACUUCUUUAUUUUUGUUUUGGUAUUUAAAUUAACAAUUUGUUUGCUUAUAUCUGUAUUCCAAGUGGC